AUCCCAUCCCAUCCCAUCCCAUCCCCGGCAUCCCCUACGUUCCUCCCUGAUUCCGACCACACUACCUCUUCAUGCCAUCCAUGUCCUACUACUACCCUGGAUUGAUACCACACGACACAGCCUUUUUAAUGCAAAAGACAGAAAAGAGACGCGGCUGAUUCCAUUCUGGUGGACUGGGCUAAUAAUAAUACCGGCCGCAGACGCCGUUUCCAGUCGACAGUCACACGCAGCACCGACAUUACCUACCCUGUCCGGUGAGACGAGUCGAUAAUCUCCAUCGGACCCUAAGAUUGGUCGCAACUCGCCAGUCCAUUUCCCAGUUUCCACACUUUUUUUGCGCCGGCUUCGUCUUCAUCGAAGCUCGCGACGCCACGCCCUGCCCUUUCCCAACGCCCAUGCGACCCUGACCAUUUCUGCCUUUCUCGUCUUCCGCGUUCCCAUUCCGCUUGCUUCCCUUUUCGCUCCUUUACCUUUUGCUCUCAGCCAACCCCUCUCGACUUGGACGGACUGCUGUCGACUCUGCCAACGAGAGAAGGAGAGCACGGCCCCCUUUAUCAUCGUACAUGAUCUCCUUUCUCGGUCGAUCAACGCGAGAAAUCGAGACAAGACGAGACAAUUCGUCCCAGAGACAGAGACACCAUCCCCGACGCGCUCCGCUUCACCCUGCCUGCAGCUGCAGCCGCGCAUUGCAUACGAACGAACACGCCCUAUCCAUACCUUCCGAACCUACUUACUACCUUGCCGUACAGCGUCGACACAGCACGGCACACUGGUGACACCCGCGGUACGCGACCAGUACUUCGCAUUUACCUAUUACCUACCUCUCGACCUUGCGACACUGGGUUCUGCUGGCCAUCUUGCAUGAACGCAGAAAGCCGCCGGCCGUGCUGCUGCUGGGACUCUAGCCACUGGGGCGCGCCUUUCCCUCGCCCCGGUCGUUAGCCCCCUCCCACUUUUCUGUCGCCGCGCUUGCCUCGUGCGUCAGCGCUCCUUUCCCAACUGUCUACAUCGCGUACCUGCGCCAACCUUGUCCUGCCGUGAGUGUGUGCGUGCGUGCGUGCGCAUGUGCUUGUGUGUGUAUGUGCCGGCACAUUCCCCUGAUCACGCCCUGCCUCUACACUGCGCGCGUGUGCCACACUAACAACCAUUCGGGGACCCAUCGACUGCUACCGGGCAAGAAGCGACCUUUUCCACACCACCCGACGACGCUUGCGGUGUAGCCCCGGAUCCCUAUCGACGCACGGUAAGGGAGGCCCGCCCACGGCUGCCCUAGCUCAGCAGUUCCCAUUGUUCUUACUAGGACCGUCGCAGUUGUGCAGUCGCCCGGACCCUCCUCUUCCUAGACUUGAACUUCCUUCGCCUGCUGUACGUACCGAGUACUCUCCCUGUACGACGACGACAACCACGCGGUAAAACAGUGGACGCUCGGUGGUUCUCCCCUCGCUGCCAGUCAGCCUUGGAUUCUGCAGAUUCCCCCUCUGCUCGCUCGCUGCCGCUGUUCAGCGACGGUUCCGUGCCCACUCCUGGAUCCAGCGGCCGGUCCCCGUGCCGUCCUGCAGCCCGCGUCGUCUGCCACUGGGCUUUCUGUCGACUCUCCUCCUCCUUUUCUUUGUUCGUCGCCAUGGAUAACACCAGCUACGACCCAACCUCUAUCCCCCCUAUCCCCCACCGCUACCGAAACCUACAAACCCCUGAGCCUCACCCGCGUCGCCGCUCUCUUCCACCACCACCAUCGCGCCGCUCCGCCGAUACCGUUCCCAGUUCGCCCGAGGUCAUUUCGUCCCUAAUCACCAGCCUCUCGGUGAUAUCCACGCCAGCCGACAACCACUUUGAGCGCAGCCAGCCGAGCUUGUCCCUGCCCGUAUCCCCUCGCCAAGGUAGCUUUGGAGUCGACUACGGCGCCUUUCACCAACCCUCGCUCGAGAACCUCCGCGGCGACAACAACGUUCCCCUAGACGAAGUCGCUGCUGCCGCCCCUGUCAUCCGGACCGCCAAACCCCCUUCUGGCUUGUCGCCCCUAACCGCUCCCAAAUCUCCCGCCCGCGACGCUUCCGGUGGCCUCAAGUCUCUGCUACGAAGUUCCUCGAGACCCUCUUCCAAAGGCUCCCUUGGAUCGCGGGACGAUGCGCAGAGCAUAGGCAAUCUUUCGAUAGAACGUGGUUCUGCGCCGACCCCAGAACUUAGGCGGCAAAGCUCCUUCGACAGCUGGGGCAAGAAGCAGGGCAGAAGCCAUAGGGGCUUGAUGUAUAUGAGUUCCAAGGAGCGACUACGAGAAAAAGAAGAAAAGAAGCGUGCAAGCAUCGGCGAUCGUAGUUCCAGCAGCUUCACGGGAGCCUCCCUCCGUCCAGAUCCUUUCCUCGCCGAGACGCCCAUUAGCGAAGAGCCCGCCCACAGCCCGGAAUCGCCCACGCGGGAAAGCCCUCGUAAACUCGAAAUGGCGAGCCCGAGCUUGGAUCCAGCGGCCAGCCCGAGACCGAUCCCCGCCAGGGAUUCAUCACUCUUCAAAACGGGAGCCAAUGCCAAGAGGACGUCGACGAGGUCCUCGAGAUCAAAGAGAGAGAGUGGGAACGGCAACAACGACAUUAUAUUUGAGGGAGAGGAGCAGACAUCCCUGGGUGAGGUACCGCGGCGGAAGCACUUGUCUCGCCACGCUUCCGAAAACGAUUUGGCCAGGGUCUCGGCCGACGCAUCCGUCAGGUCUUUCAGCCGCCCAUUGUUUCAAUCCAGACACACCGAAGACUUCCGGACACGUGGGCCGUUGGUUGAAGAGGACGUCGAAGACAGCGCGCCGUUCCCCGCUGUCGCUCAGGGUCGUCGUCGUGAGGAGCAGAUGGCCGACAGGAACCGACGAAAACCAGGACGUGAUACGCCCGAAGCAGGUGAAGCCAUCAAGAUGAAACGCAGUAGCUCCAGGCUCAAGCGGCUUUCGCAGCCGCUGAGCCCCAAAGGAGAGGAGUCGGCCAGUUCGCGCAAUUCUGCUGCGUCACCGGAUCAUCGCAACAGCAUGCCCGCCGGCUAUGAGCGCCCUCGCAGUGCAGACUCCAUCGACGAUGCCGUCGAGUCGUAUCUGUGCUCACCUCGACUAUCGCAAAAGAUUCGACAUCCGCAGACCGGCCGAGUGAUUUCCUUCUCCGAGGUGGGAGACGCGGAUGGCUCUGCCGUAUUCUGCUGUGUGGGUAUGGGGUUGACGAGAUACAUCACGGGCUUUUACGACGAGCUCGCGUUGACGCUCAAGCUACGUCUCAUCACCCCCGACAGACCCGGCGUGGGCGACAGCGAAUCGUACGCUGAUGGCACCGCGACGCCGCUCAGCUGGCCCGACGACGUUUACGCCAUUUGCCAGGCUCUGAAGAUUACCAAGUUUUCGAUUCUCGCACACUCCGCCGGCGCCAUCUACGCGCUAGCGACUGCUCUCCGAAUGCCUCAGCACAUCCGUGGAAAGAUCCACUUGCUUGCGCCGUGGAUUCCGCCUUCGCAGAUGAACGUCUUUGGCACGUCGCAGGCGCUUCCCCCGACCAACGCGAUUCCAACUUCGCAACGUAUUCUGCGAGCGCUCCCGGCGACGUUUUUGAAAGCUGCCAACAGCUCUUUCAUGUCGGCGACGAGUAGCUCAAUCACGAGCUCGCUGCCCAAGAACCCUAGGCGAAGCAAGCGCAAAUCCACUGUCACUACUGGCCGGGACACCCCAGCGACGCACGGGAGCAAGCGAGACACCACACCCCACCUCGACAAGGAAAACCUCGGCUUGUACGACCAAACCAGCACAGGCGACGACCUUUCGGGAAGACCUGCGCAGACAGCCAUGGAGAACAUGGAUAGGAUAAGGCCGACGGGCACGGCCUCGGCGCAGGGUCACUAUGAUGCCGAUGCGCAUGUCAUGGCCGCGGCAUCGGAUGCAUUGAUGGACAAGGAGCGCCAAACAAUUUACGACACUCGACUGACGCAUGCCAUCUGGGAGCUGGCGACAACUGGCGCCAACCCUGCCGUCGACUUGUUGGUCUGCCUGGAGCGCAGACACACCAUCGGUUUCCGAUACGUGGACAUCACACGGCCCGUCGUGAUCCACCAUGGCAGCCGUGACACCCGGGUGCCGGUCGACAAUGUCAAAUGGCUCGGCAAGACGAUGAAGCGGUGCGAAGUCCGCGUUCUCGAGGGCGAAGGCCAUGGCCUGAUGGCGAGCGCGGGUGUCAUGGGCGCCGUGCUCAUGGAAAUUAGCAAGGAAUGGGACGACUGGCUGCGUGCCACGUCCAAGAAGGACGACCGCGGACGGAGGACCGGCACGCGAUAGAGAGGGAAUGCGAGCGCGAUGCGGCGAUGGUGCGAGACUGCCUCCGAUCCAAGCGUCUUCCUAGCAGACGGUAUCUCGGACACUUUCUGAAUGACCUUUCACUACUUAUGAUUUGACCUACAUUUUCAUCUAUAUCCAUACCCAC